UGUGAAGUAACUACUAUGAAAAAGAUUAAGUAAAGCAUUGGAGGCAGAUGAUUUUGACAAUAAAGAGGGUGUAUGUGUAUGAAAGGAUGGAGGAGACUGUGAACUGAGUAGUUCAAGUGCUGAAGAAGGAGACUUGUUUUGAGGAAACAGGAAAAAGGAAGAAAAGAAAAGGGAAAAUACAUAAUUUUAAGGAAGAAGGAGAGGAAAAAAAACGGGGACUAUGGGGAGAAAAAAGAUUCAGAUUACAAGGAUUAUGGAUGAACGUAACAGACAGGUGACAUUUACAAAGAGGAAAUUUGGGGUAAUGAAGAAGGCUUAUGAGCUUAGUGUCUUAUGUGACUGUGAGAUUGCUCUGAUCAUCUUCAACAGCACCAACAAACUGUUCCAGUAUGCCAGCACUGAUAUGGACAAAGUGUUGCUGAAAUAUACGGAAUACAAUGAGCAACAUGAGAGUCGAACAAAUUCGGAUAUUGUUGAGACAUUGAGAAAGAAAGGACUUAAUGGCUGUGACAGUCCAGACCCUGAUGCAGAUGAUUCAGUAGGUCACAUCUCUGAGUCUGACGACAAGUACAGGAAAAAUGAUGAAGAUAUUGAUAUAAUGAUCAGCAGGCAAAGAUUAUGUGCAUUGAACAAGAAAGCAAGCAAAGGUUGUGAAAGCCCUGAUCCUGACUCCUCUUACGCUCUCACCCCAUGCACUGAAGAAAAAUACAAAAAAAUUAAUGAAGAAUUUGAUAAUAUGAUCAAGAACCAUAAAAUACUUGCUGUUCCACCACCGAACUUUGAGAUGCCAGUUUCUAUCCCAGUGUCCAACCACAGCAAUUUGGUAUACAGUAACCCAGUCAGCUCACUGGGUAACCCCAACCUUUUGCCACUGGCCCAUCCUUCUUUGCAAAGAAAUAGCAUGUCUCCUGGUGUGAUGCAUCGGCCUCUGAGUGCAGGUAACACAGGUGGCCCGAUGGGUGGGGACCUCACAACGGGUGCAGGCACUAGUGCAAGAAAUGGGUAUGGCAACCCCUGCAACUCACCAGGUCUGCUGGUCUCACCUGGCAACUUGAAUAAGAAUAUGCAAGCAAAAUCUCCACCCCCAAUGAAUUUGGGAAUGAACUACCGUAAACCAGAUCUCCGAGUGCUUAUUCCCCCUGGCAGCAAAAAUACAAUGCCAUCAGUGAAUCAGAGGAUAAAUAACUCCCAGUCUGCUCAGUCAUUGGCUACUCCAGUGGUUUCCAUAGCAACUCCUACUUUACCAGGGCAAGGGAUGGGAAGAUACCCAUCAGCCAUCUCAACAACAUAUGGUACUGAAUAUUCUCUGAGUAGUGCAGAUAUAUCAUCUCUCUCUAAGUUUAAUACAGCCAAUGCUCUUCAUCUUGGUUCUGUGACUGGCUGGCAACAGCAACACCUACAUAAUAUACCACCAUCUGCCCUCAGUCAAUUGGGAGACCAUACCAACACACCCUCAAGAUACCCACAGCAUAUGCGCCAUGAGACAGGGAGAUCUCCUGUUGACAGUUUGAGCAGCUGUAGCAGUUCAUAUGAUGGAAGUGACCGAGAAGAUCACCAGAACGAAUUCCACUCCCUCAUUGGACUCACCAGACCUUCACCGGAUGAAAGAGAAAGCCCUUCUGUCAAGCGCAUGCGGCUCUCUGAGGGAUGGGCAACAUGA